UAUAAAACUGAAGUGUCUUUCUGUGGCAGAUUGGGGGCGAUGAAGAAGGCUUGAGAAAUAGGAGGACGAACAAAACCAUCCUUUUAAACCAUUUUUUCCAUAUAUCGUGCCAAUCCUUUUGCUGAUUUGGAUUUCAUACACAAAGAUAUCCAGCCGAAAUGAGCAUCACGAGUGUGGCAGUCAUUAGCACCCUCCUGUGCUCAGCUUGGUCAUCAACCAUUAAAGCUAAAGAUGAACACCGCACUGCUUUCUUUGGAGAGGAUGUUCAUAUUCCCGUGCCGGCUUUAGACACAUCAGAGGUGUUGUUCAAGCCAAGGGUGGAGCCGGUUUUAGAGCGGGUUCUUCUGCGGAACAGGACAAUUCUAGAUAAAAGAGCCAAACUGAACGAUCACAUCAGCCAUCUGAUCCUGGAGGAUGUGGGCGAGGAGGAUGAGGGCACAUAUGUGGUGAAGAAUUCUGCAGCCCCAGCUGAUGUCAGACGAAUCAUUCUCGUUGUUAGAGACUGUGCGCUAGAGACUGUGGUGAAAUAUGGAGACACGUAUCAUAUCCCGAUUAACCCUGCGAUCGGUCCAUACACCCUUGAGUUCAGGCCUGGAGCUCUGACUCCAGUUAACCAGACCACAGAGGAACCACCUGUGAUUCUCCUUAACCAGACCGGAAUGCCCAUGGAACAGUACGAGAACCGCCUCAACGUGGGCGAGAAGAGGGUCAACCUCCUUCUGGUUACUGGAGCCGAUGAGGGCAGCUACACCAUCAAGGACAGUGAUGAAAAAGUCCGAUUGAGGGCCUGCCUUAAUGUGAAAGAUCAUCAGAUCUUUGAGCAUUUGGAUUAUGGUCAAACCUUGAAGAUCAAGCUUCACGUGGACCACACCAAAGUGAAAAUGGUCUACAUCCCAGACUCUGACCACAAGGAACGACUCAUCAUGGACCAGGGAGAGCUGACGUUGCCUGUUGAGUCUGUUUUUGAGGGUCGAGCGUCUGUGGAAGGAUCCAUAUUCUAUUUGAAGAAGGUCAAAGUCAGUGACAUGGGUGUCUUUCGAGUGAUGGACUUCUCAGGCUUCCGCAUAGCUGACGUAUACCUUCAUGUGGAACCCUAUAAGCUGCCACAGCUCUAUGUUGCGAUCAUCUCCUUGCUGUCCCUGCUGGCGUUCCUGCUGUUGGUGUGUCUGCUGUCCUGUCUGAUCAAGGUUCACCGCCGGGCAGAGAGAGCACGUAAGAUCUCCCUAAUCGCUCAGCAGGCUGGCAAGGGUGAUGGAGAGGCGUUCAGACAGGUGGUUCAUGAAGUUUAUACUAGAUUCACAGAGGAGUCCACUGUGCAGUCUACAUGGGAGAACAACACUGAGAGCACAGAAGUUGAGAUCAAAGGUCUUGAGGUAUCAAAACCAGGGUCAGUACCAGGCUCUCCAAUCUGACAAAAACUUCAUGGAGAUGAACGACUCAGGCGUGGAGUUCACCACAUCUGCACUUCCUCUGGACAGUGAUACAGACGUACCCGACAAUCUCACCUCUCACAAGUUCCUUCUUGAGUCUGACACUCUCGCUGGCGUCCCUCCGGCCAUUUCUGAGGGCGACCACAGUGCCACUCGCACCCCUGAUUCCAUUCUGAGCGCCAGCCCUGUUGUCCAGCCCAAAUCUGGGGCUCAGAUAGAUGGCGACUUGAUUGGCGCAACCACACCUGAGGAAAUGGCCAAAGUGAAUGAGUUGGAUGCAAAGACGAGCAAAGAUGCUUCGCCACAUUCUGAGAAAGCCGCUGCGUUGGAUCCAACUAAUGGAACCACAACCUGAGCACUGCAAAUUGAGUCACCAAUUUCUUUUACACAAGUGCGGCCACUUUUCAUUCGCAACAUCACAACAACAAAUGACACUUCAUCUUGCUUGUACUCAUCUGAUGCUUAACAAAUGGUUUGUCGAACAAGCAAAAAGAGAAGAAGAAUUCAAGAGAAGACAACAGCACUCACAAAAAAUAAAUUUAAAAAGAAACUUUGAAGAAGAGAAACGGUCCUGCACUAUGCAUGCCUUUGAAUUACCGAGGAGUUCCUGACUAGUUUAAAGCCAAGUGCUAGAUUAGAGUGACCAUGUAGUGCAUGUGAAGAAGAAAAAACACAUCUUAAGACACACUUGUGAAACUUGACAAUACUUUUUUUUUUUUUUUUUUACUUUAUUUAGCCAUGCCACUAUAGCUUGAACUUUUUACUAGAGUGUCAAACUGCCUGAAACUCCAAUGACGCUUCAAGCAACACCUGAAGUGGAUUGUAAAUGGGUAUCUUACUCAAGUAUUUUUCAAGCAGUUCAUCUACGAAAUGCCAAAAGAACAUUUGUUGAGUCACUUACCAUCAAGUUUCAUUCAUUUCAAGAUCAACCUGAAUGCAUCUCACCGGCAAACACGCUUUCCCAGCGCUACGCCUGGUGUGAAUGCUCUCUUUUUGACCGCCAGCUUUGAAGUGCUGUACUGAUAAUCCUCGCCAAUGGUAGACUAAACACCUUGAUGAAUCAGGUCCGCAUGGAUGACAGGUAUCUGAUACGGUGGCUUAGCACUGUAAAUAGGAUCAGCUGUGGUGGAGGGUUUUGGCCCUGGUUCAGAGGAACUCCGCUGAAGAAACGGCUUGUCUCAGCAGUUUCAGGUGCUGACUCUGCUGGGGUUUCUCCACAACCUGGGCCUUUCUGGUGAUCUCUUUUCUUCUCAUAUGAUCCUUUAUUCCCACUCAUUUGAAUAUAUUUUAGGAGCUUUGAGCUUUGUAAGACUUGCAUAAAUUUGCUUGAGAAUCACAUACAUUGACAUUUAUUCAUGAGGAAUGAUUCGCAAUAAGAAGCAAUGAACUUAGUGAGAUGACUGAGUGUAGAGGGAACUGAGUACAGGAAAAUCUUUAUUCAUAAUAUCUAAUAUAGUUUCAUAAUGUAGGUUUGAAUCAUUUGUGUUUGAAUCAGUACACUUGAAUCUGCAUAAAACUCAUCUAGCUGUAACAUGCUAGUUAAACAUGACAAUUUUCCUUAAAGAGGUCAAAUUAUGGCCUUUUAGAACAGGUUUUCACGCAAAAAACAUUAUUUUUUAGAUAUUUAACAUUGUUGCAGCACCUCUCCUCCCAAUCUGUCAGUAACACUCUGUUUAGUUUGUCUCUACGAAGCCGAAUUGGUUGGCUGGACCAGUGUGUUGUGAUUGGUCAACCGCUUUGAGCGUGUUUGGGAAAUUUCACGCCCCUGACCAUAACUGCGAGGUUCAACACACUACUAACGCAACUCAACAAGGCCUCGCCCCUUUAUUUGCAUAUGCCUUGGGCGGGAAUUAUUUAAAUGAGGGAUUUUGCAACUGGCGUUCCCAGAGGAAAACUCAAGGCUACAACUGAGGAGUUUCAGGGAGUUGUUUACCGAUAUAGAGAAUAACUCCCUUUGGAGUGACGCUGUGCUUCGUAACUUUGCAGACCUUUUACAUGCUUAAACAGCAACAUGCUAAAGAAAGUUGAAGAUGUAAAAAAGCAUAAUAGGUCCUCUUUAGACACAAUUAUCACAUACUGAAAGCAUUGUGAAAUUCUUCAGAUUUAAUAAUCGCAUAUACCUUAUUUGCAAAGCUUUCAUAUCAUACACUCUUAAAAAUAAAGGUUCUUUAUUGGCUUUGAUGGUUCCAUGAAGAACAUCCACUGAAACUUUCCAAUCCACAAAAGGUUCUUUAGAGUGGAAAAGGGUUCUUCAGAUUAUUAGUGUUUUUACACUAUGGAAAAAAAUGGUUCUUUUAAGAACUAUAUACAUUCUUAAAAAUAAGCGUUCUUUAUUGGCAUCGAAGCUUCCACGAAGAACCUUUAACAUCGGAACCGAACAAAAGUUUCUUUAUAGUGGAAAAGGGUUCUUUAGAUGUUCUUCAUACUAAGACAAAAAUGGUUCUUUUAAGACCUGUUGACUGGAAUGUUCUUUGGGAACCCAAAAUGGUAAUUCUAUUGAAUUGCUGCAAAACGCCCUUUUGGAACCUUUGUUUUUUAGAGUGAAUGUGUUCUAAUUCUCUUUCAUUUUCAUAUCAUCUUAUUACAACACUUGAUUUUUAGGUUAACACUACUCGUUUCUACGGGAUAAACGUGUUUAAUUUAUGUAAAUAAUGUGUGAGGAAGAUUAUAAUGCAGUAUUAAAAUGAGCUGUAGCUGGUGGGUGGAGUCUGACAUCAUGGGGCGUGGCUUAGACUGCUGGUAAAAUUGCUACCUCAUGUUUUGGGUGGGAAACUGGCAAAAAAAAAGACAGGGUGUCAAAAAAAGCACAAUUAAGACAAAAUCCAUGCAGAUAUGAAUUAAAGAUGUGAAGAUGUGAAUUAAAUUUCAGCUAAUGUAAAUACAAUGGUUUGCAAAAAAUAAUGGAAAAAACAUGGUUAAAUUAUGGAUUAAAUGGAUCCCUUUUUUUUUCUUUUUGCUUUGGUUGGUCCCUUUAGUAACUGCAUCCAGAACAGGUGUAGAUUGUAAUUUUAAAGCAUUGUAUAAAAGGUAAAAAAGUUUUCUAUACUGCAUUGAUACUUAUUACAUAUAUUUCAUGAUCAAGCCCUAGAUUUUUGACUUGCAAGCCUUCUUUUAAACUCCUAUUGCUUCACUCCAGAAGUUGUAUUGUUACAGUUUGUUCUUAUGUCACAUGACUGAAUGUGCAGUUAUUGGGCCUUAUGAAGCAAUAUCAAUGUGAAAGCAUUUAUCAAACAUGAGCAGAGCAGAUUUAUUUGUAAACUGUCCAUAAAACCAUUUUUGGAUUAUUGUUCAUACCUGAUUCAUUGGAACAUUUGAUCUAAGAAUGUAUUUAUUAUUGAUUUACACAAAUUUGUCCUGCUCAUGUUACAUGAAUGAGAUUGAACACACACACACACACACACAGACACAGACACAGAGGGUGGCAACAGUGUGAACAUACACACUUCUGUACAUAGAUAUAUUGCAUGUCAAUGAUCAGUACUCUUUCUAUCCAAUGAUUGCUGGAUUUUCAUGCGUUUCCUUAAAAUAUAAGACACAUCUAAAGAAAUGAAUGACAAAAAACAAGAAACCUUUAGCACUGUCAUGCUUUACUGAAUCAAAAACAAUAUGCUUUGACUGCUUUUUAUCUUUGCACUUGAGAAUGAUUUUGAAAAUGCAAAACUCAAGAUAUAUUUCACUGAGUCUAUAUUAUUAUUGCUAUUUAUUAAUUAUACUCUAUAUAUAUGCGCUGAUGUCAUAGAUCUACUGUAUACACAUUUAAAAGCAUCACAGAAGCAUGUUAAACUAAAGGUUGCCUGCUAGAAAUGAGAUUUCAUUGCAUUACUUUGCCUUUGAUGAGAAGUAUUCUUAAUGUCAAUGUUAUUUUAGCUGAUAAUACGAAUAUAUUUUCAAUGUUAGCAAAAAAAAUGGAUGUCAAAUUUAGGAUUAUGCAAUACAAUCAAACAGUUUUUGAGUGGUGCACACAUUUCCAAUCCUCAGGCAUAACUGAGCACAACAAAAUCAAAACUGGUUAGCUGGUCAAUCAAAAGAAAUGGUAAUCAUUGUUCUGUUACUAGGACAGAAAUCAUUUAUCAGAUGAUCAAGAAGGUGCAUAAACAGUUUAAACUUGAUAAUACUUGAACAAAUGCUUUCACCUCUCACAGUUCAGCGUGAGUCAGAUCUAUAAAAGUCAUUGCUUUUAAAUAUGUUGAAAUUUGCAUUUGUGUUUGGUGAAGUGAACUUUACCCUGAGUGGUUUGAGCUGGAUAAAUCAAAUUCUACAGAAGAAUAUGCACUUAUUGCACUGAAAAGUGCCUGGUAAAAAGACUUGUCCAUUUUUUCGCUGGUAAAGGAACCGUAGCAAUAUAAGUCCAUCCUGUAAGUCUGCUCAGGUUAGUCCAAACAUUUGAUCAGUGGUUUACACAGAUGCUGGCAUCACAUUAACAAACGAGCUCAGGAGUGUGUGCUUUCUUCAUCGAUUUAUGCUGAUUUCAUUGUUAAAUUGAUCUUUUGUCAGCUUACAUGCAAGAGUUCUCAGGAGACAGGUUUCUCAAAGUGCUUUAUUCAUCUGCAGCUGUCUCGGAAAAGUUGUGAUUGUGAACAUUAUAGCAUUUUUCCUCUUUCCGAUGAGCAUUGAAACUCACACAGAUGUAUUUGCUUUAAGCCAGAUAACAGGCAAAUAACUGAUUUCCAUAAAACCAUGAAUAUUAACAAUACUUCUUCACAGUCAUGUACAAAGUAUGGUGCAGAGGGUCUUAUUUUUUGGCUGCUUUGUUAAUUUAGUAUUACAUGUGGCUUCAUAGUUUGACUUCAAGCACAACUUUAGUUCAACUUUGUUUUUUCCUCGUGAAUGAAAGAUGAAAAUAAAAGAACUUUAAAAAUCUCA